UGGCAAAUGACAGAUCUGUCAAUGUUUGUCCUCAUCUUACGUCAAACAGUAAGCAAGUGCUUUCGCUCCCCCGAGCAAGCCAGUGAAUCGCAAUCCACGGUCGGGUCAGUUGAAAAUAGUAUUCCGCGAAGUAUGUGUUGAAGCAGUGAACGAUGCAAGAACCUCACGAGCACUUGAAAAAUCGAGUUUACUAUGCCGCCAAGGACGGCAUGUCCAUAGCCCUGUACGCUCUUCUAGUCGGUGCUAAUAAACAAGAAGUGGAAGCCAUCCUCGACGAGAAGUUCGUCGAGGAUGACGGGCAGGAAUGUACCCCUUUAAUUGUGGCAGCGCGGCAGGGCCACGACAAGGUGAUGCGGAUGAUGUUGACCAAGUUCAAGCCUGAUUUGGAAAAAGAAGGCACCGUGAAGUUUGAUGGAUAUGUAAUCGAGGGGGCUAGUGCUUUAUGGUGUGCCGCGUGUGCAGGUCACUUAAAUGUGGUAAAAACACUAGUGAAGGCCGGCGCCGACGUAAACCACCCCACACACUCCAAUUCUACCCCAUUACGAGCCGCUUGUUUUGACGGCCGAUUAGACAUCGUCAAGUACCUGACUUACCACCGGGCAGAUAUUAACAUAGCGAACAAAUACAAUAACACGUGUCUUAUGAUAGCCGCAUAUAAAGGCCAUUUGGACGUCGUCAGUUUUCUUCUCGAACAUGGUGCCAACCCGAAUGAAAAGGCCUUAUGUGGGGCCACCGCCCUGCAUUUCGCCGCAGAAUGUGGCCAUCUCCCCGUAGUGAAAGAAUUGUUGAAAUACAACGCCGUUUUUUCAACGAACGACUCUGGAAUGACGCCUAUCAAAGCGGCAGCGGAAAGAACCAGAGCCGAUGUGGUGGAAUAUCUCGUCGAAAGACCGGAAAUUAGUAAAGAGGAGCAGAUCGAAGCCCUGGAAUUGCUGGGGGCGUCGUACGCCAAUGAUAAGGAAAAUUACGACAUCGUCAUGGCAUACAAGUACUUGCACAGGUCAAUGAUGCUGAGGUAUAGCGAUCCGGACAAUCCGAUCAAGAAAAAACUGAUAACUCCAAUUCCUGCUUACGAACACUGGGUGGAAUCUCAAACAGUUUACGAACUCGAAGCCAUCCAAAACAACCAUAACUCCAUCCAUAUGGAAGCUUUGACCAUCCGAGAACGAAUCUUGGGGUCUCAGAACCCUGAAGUGCCCCAUCCCGUGAUAUACAGGGGUGCAGUUUUUGCAGAUAAUGCUCGAUUUGAAAGAUGUUUAGAGUUGUGGUUACAUGCUUUGAGACUGAGACAGAAAAAUCAUAUUUCAGUUGUUAAAGACUUGCUCAGGUUUGCUCAAGUGUUUUCGCAGAUGCUGCACGUAAAUGUCAAGGUUACUUAUGAUCACGUGGUGCAGGUUUUAGCGGCAGCUAUUACCGAAUUAGAAAGAAAUAAGUACAAGUUGAACAAGCCGGGGCCUAAGGAUGAUCCUGAGACUGUGAUGGAGGAACUAGAAAGUAAUCUCACUACGACUCUAUAUCUCUUGACAAUAUUAACAAAAUUGAUGAAGGAGUGUUCAGAGGAAGAACGUUUUAAUGUAAAUCGGAUGGUUUUCACUCUUAACCAACUUAAUGUAACGUUAAGAGACGGCCAAACUCUUCUACACCUAGCGUGCAAUGCAGAAACACCAGUGGACGAUUUCCACACUAACGAUGUGUGCAAGUUUCCCUGUGCUGAGACGACUCGGCUACUGAUCAAAUGUGGCGCUGAUGUUAACGCCAUGGACUAUGAUCGUAAUACUCCCCUUCAUGUGAUUGUCAAUUACCAUAAACCAAUUUCGGAUUUUUUGACUUUGCAUUCGAUCAUAACCGAUUUGACGGAAGCGGGGGCGCAUUUAGAUUGUGUUAAUAAAAGAGGAGAGACUCCGUUGGAAGCCUCGGCUACAGGUAGUGUGGCCGAGAUUAUUUUAAAGACUCAAAUGAAACUUAGUCUGAAAUGUAUCGCUGCCAAUGCUGUUAAACAUCAUAAACUUACUUAUCAAGGACAAGUUCCUGAAGCUCUCGAAUCGUUUAUAGAGUUACACGGUCCGGGGAUCGUGAAAAAAGCCUAGUCAAUCGUUUUGUUAAAUUUUUUAUUGUAAAUAGCGUGCUUUGCCAAUUUGUUCUUUUGCUGAUUGUUUUAUUAGCUUUAAGUUGUUAAGCAAAUGAACAAAUUGUUUUUAUCAUUUACCAAUAAUUGGUGUUAUUUUUUGAGACUGCUAAUUAGGAUUUUUUAUGAGAUUUUUAAUUGUACUUGUUUAUUGAGGCGUUAUUAGUAUGUCUCCUUUUUGUUAUUUUUGUAAAAAUUGUGCCGCUCGUUCAAAGAUUUGCUUACAACCUAACGUUUUUUUGUAAUGUCUAAAGUGACUUCCUUGUUAGGUUUUAGGUGUAAUUUGUAAAUUAUUAAAUCAAGAUGGUGCAUAAUAGAGAUAGUGAUGAGAUAAGAUAUUUAUAUUUUACCUAUGUAUUUUUUCUAUGCAAAAAUAAACCAAGUGUGAUAUCUGUUA